AGAGACUGAUGCAAUCUGGAAAGUUAUCUGGGCUCUCUUGGGCCACUCUGCCACAAGACGCACACAUCUGUAUUGGCAGACACAGGUCUUCUGGCGCUGGCCGGUGUUUUAAUCUUUCUUCAAAAACCUUACCUUGCUGAAGAGUCUCCAGUCUGAAAAGGACAUGGCUUGCUCUACCCGCAUCAUAGCAGUCUGGAUUUUUCUUCUUCAGGGUAUGUAACAGGGACCAUGAAAAACAGGGACCGUGGAAAGAGGGAGGGAGGUCUUGUCUGCAGAACCAUCCCCAAAGGCCAGUCCAGUCCAUAUGACCACAUGUUCAUGGUGAGUAUGGCAGAACUGAAUGGAUCUUCUGGGCUGAUUUGGCACACAAGGCUGGCAAAUUUUUGGUUGCUUUUCUCAUGAGCAUCCAGCUCACCAUUCCACUUCCCUCAGAUUGUUCAGGGCUUGCAGAUUCAACCGCUUCAGCAACUGCUAGCUAUGAGGAAAGCCUUGGUUUAUUGAGGAUUCAUCCCGAUUUGCUUUCACAAAGCUUUCACAGAGGUUAGAUUAUAGUAUUCAUUGAGCAUUAGGGAUGGGAGGAUCUUACAAUUUCAGUUCACAUUUUGUCAUUCUUAAAUUUAGCUCACCACAUUUCUGCAGAAGUUUGCUACUUAGAGGGGGGGGGGAAGUACUCAUGGAAAUUAUUCAGCAUUUCAGUGCAACUUUUCUUCUCAUAAGCACAUUUUCAUAUGUAGCUAUGACCGAUGUACAUAUUUUUGCAAGCAAUUUCUUCUAAUGCUAUGCAUUCUUGUGUUUUAUUUUCACUAAUGUAUUUGUUUUCACACACACUUUCUCCUAAUACAUUAUUUCUUUUGGUAAACACUCUGGUGGGAGAACUACAUUGCAAAAUUUAGUAAGUGGGAAUUUCGAAGGAUGUCUGUGUUUCGGUUCUCAUAUUGUUUCAGAAACUGCAAAUUUAGCUUUUAAAUGUGAACUGAAUAUAAUUUCUCCCCGAUCUGGAUCAAGCAUUCAUUCUGAUUUGCUUGCGGGGAGCUUACAUAUCUUCCCAUUUAUCAUUUGUUCAACCACACUUUUCAAUGCAUUUCUCUGUCAUUUUCCAAACUGCAAAAACAAAACACCAAUAUGCAUUAUAUUAGGAGAGUGUGCUUUACCCAAAUGUAUAAUUAGGCAAAACUGUGCACACAAACAAAUGUAUAUUAGGACAAAUCAUUACUAAAAUGCUGAUGAAUUUUCAUGAGGGCUUUAUUUCCCUUUUUAAAAAAAAAAAUGCAAACUGGUGUAGAAAUAUGGAGAACUGAAUUUAAGAGUGGGGGGAGGGGAAGAAUCUGAGAGAGACAAAAACUGAGAAAUUCACCCAUCCCUACUCUUCACAAAGGGAACCUGUAGAAAGAGCAGAAAUGUCCUGCUUCAAGUCCUGGCUAACUCUGGUGCCUCGUCAACUCAGACUCUGGUAAACUGCUCAAUGGCAUUCUCCAGUCAAUUUAUGGCACUUAAAAUUAUAAGCCGGAGGGAUGCUUAGCAAAUCCUACAUUGUGCCAAACAUAGCCAAGAACCAUUCAGUCUAUGCUCGUCAUGUUCCAUGAUUUGUGUCAUUGGGCUUCCACCCUGUUAUCAGCUGCUGUUCCCUUUGGGGCAGCGACAGAGAACAGACACUGAAUUGUCAUUAAUUGCACCUGUCAAUGCAAGCACUGGAUGCAGGCUAACUCUCCAAACUCACAACAGUACGAAUCAAAUUAUCUCUCCUACCCCAUUCCCAGGCCUUUUCCCCCCUUGCACAUCUUUUUCUAGGAAAGAAAAGCACACUUCCCAUUCCCAUGGCUUUUGCAAUUUUAAAAGCAGCAGAAGCUGGGAGGAAGAUAUAGUCAAACUACCAUUAGAUGAUUCUGCCUGCCAUUGGCUCUGCCUCCACUUACUUCUCUCCUGUCCGCUCCACCAAUCCCAAUGGGCACCAGCCAACACUGCCCAGGAGCUUAAAAAGACUCCUAGGAUCACAAACCAUUUUUCUUUGUUUACUGUACCUACUUAUUUAUGUGUCCUUUAACAGUGUCUCAGCAUGCAGACCAUAUUAGGGAAAGGGAACUUUUCCUGGCAUGAAGAUAAAAGUGACAGAUAUAGUUCUCCUUGUUUGAUUUCUUCCUGUCAUCAGGUGACUGUUAAUUUGAAAAGAAAACCCAACAGGAGCAUAAAAAUAAAAGCAGACCCACCCCCCAAAUUUUCCCUGUGCUCCAUUAACUCUAUCUAAAUAUGCUUUCAGCCCUGGGCAUAACUAACUGAAUUUCUAAGGCUGCAACACAGAGCCAAAGUACUGUAUAGCACUGCAUGCUCCUCCGAUGAUGUAAACCUCUGCCUGCUGCCAGCAGCGAAAACGUGGCACAUCUGGUGCCAAUUGCUAGAGCUGAUUACUCUCUUGCCAUCCUUGCUAAUGGAAUGGACCACACACUCUCACGCCAAGUGUCAUCUCUCUUUACUGGAAACCAAUGGUAGCAUUAAUCCAACGGGAUCAGCUCUGCACAGCCUCUUCUCAACAGGGGAAGUAAACUUGAAAAAGUUCAGGAAACUUGUAUGGUUUGCCUGGACAACUAGGAUCAGUGCAAUACACCUGAAAUCAAUAAAGAAGCAAAGGCUAAUAAUCAUUGGGACUCCUACACUCAGUGAAUAGGGGGAGGAGCCAUAGCUCAGUGGCGGUAGAGCAUUUGCUUAGCAUGCAGAAGCUCCCAGUUUCAGUUCCCAGCUUCUCUGGGUAGGGCUGGGAGUGCUCCCUGCCUGAAACUCUGGAGAGCUGCUGCCAGCUAGUGCAAGAAAUACAGAGCUAGAUGGACCAAUGAUCUGACUCCACAGAACAGCCAUUUACCUUCCCGCCGGAGCGGUACCUAUUUAUCUACUUGCACUUCGACGUGCUUUCGAACUGCAGGAGCAGGGACCGAGCAACGGGAGCUCACCCCGUCGCAGGGCUUCGAACCGCCGACCUUCUGAUCAUCAAGUCCUAGGCUCUGUGGUUUAACCCACAGCACCACUCAUUGUAAUGUGUCUUAAUUUGCAAUACAGUCCUCUGUUUGAAGGGUUGCCAGAGGACAGCCCUCUCUUUGAAGGGCCGUCAAGUCCAGUUUAAAGAUAUGGAACCAGGAGCACUGGUUGGUUCUUAAAAGACUAGAGGGGAAAGCUGAAGUGGUGGAGCCUCUGCCUCACAAACAGGAAGAUCUCAGGUUCAACCCCCAGCAUCUCCAGAUAGGGAACGUCCCCUGCCUGAAACCCUGGAGAGCUGCUGUCAGUCAGUGUAAACAAUAUUGAGCUAGAUAGGACAAUGGUGUGCCUCUAUAUAAGGCAGCUUUCUAUGUUCCAAGAAGACUAUACUUAUGUGGAGGGUUCCCCCAUCCCAGCAUAUUUACUUUUAGAGACUUUCCUAUUCCCUGAAGCAUGAUACCUGCAGGAGCCUGGCUUCCCUGCUCACCUUCCCCAGAUAUUUAAGGCUAUAUUUUCUUUCUGUUAAGUACCUCUGUGAUACAAGAGGAGAUGUGAAAUCAAUAUUCCAUGCAAGUGCUCAGUGAAUUAUAAAUCUAACCCCCUGGCUUCCAAUGAUGGUCCUACUCAGACUAGACCCAACUGAGAUAAUAGGCAUGACUGCCUUAGGUCCAAUAAUUUCAAUGGGUCUCUGAGUAGGACUUUAGCAUUUUAGCAAACAACUGCAGCAGGACAGGUGAAUGAGCAUUUGGCCAUACAUCCUCUCCCCCGCUCCCCAUACACAACCCAGACAUUCUUACUUGAAUAUGAAUGGAGUGUUUCAUUCUUUUUUAGGCCUCAUCACAGGUUACCCCAGGAAAAGAAGUUCUGAAUCAGAAGACAUCAGAAACUGUACAAUCACCCCUCCAGUGAGAUCCUUAACAUUGCUCAAAAUUGAGGAAUCUAUUAUUGCUGUUUGUGUGUGUGCAUGGGGGGGGGGGGGGAAGAGAACGCCCUUCCCAAAAUGUCUAGCAUCUAGGGAUGGCAGAGAAAUUCUAUUCAGUUCGCAUUUGAAUCAACUUUAUCAAAUUCACACUUAACUGAAACAAUACACCUACCAAAAUACAGCUGUGCUCUGAAAUUAGCACUUAUCUGAAUUUUGAAGUGCAGUUCCCCAAUCAUCCUUUAAAAAAUAAUAAUGCAUGUAUUAGGUUAAAACAUGCAUAAAAAUAAAUAUACUCAUGAAAAUAACAUGCCAAAAGGGCAUCACAAAAAUGUGAAUUUUAGUUCAAAACUGAAUACAGUGGUACCUCGGGUUAAGAACCUAAUUCAUUCCGGAGGUCCUUUCUUAACCUGAAACUGUUCUUAACCUGAAGCACCACUUUAGCUAAUGGGGCCUCCUGCUGCUGCCACCGCACUGUCGCCACACGAUUUCUGUUCUCAUCCUGAAGCAAAGUUCUUAACCUGAGGUACUAUUUCUGGGUAAGCAGGGUCUGUAACCUAAAACAUAUGUAACCUGAAGCGUCUGUAACCCAAGGUACCACUGUACAAAAGUGUGCAUAUUGGGUAGAACUGCAUACAAAGAUGUGCAUAUUCAGAGAAAUUUGCACUACAAUGCUGACGAAUUGUCAUGAGGAUUUAAAAAUAAAUAAAUUGCAAAUUGCUGCAGAAACGUGUAAAAAUGAGAAACCGAGAGAACGAAAACUGACAGAUCCCUACGAAGGUGUAGUCCAGCCCUAUGAAGCAUCUAGUCUGGCAGCCUCUGAGGUCCAAGUGUCAGUGCUGUGCUGAGAGCGUGAGGCAACAUUGAGAAGGGGCCAGUGGAGGAGUGUGAAUGGCUGCCCUGACCCCAUUUCUUCCUCUUCUGCCCUUGUACUGAUCAUCAAUUUGUGCUUUCAGCACUUGCCUCCUACAGUCAUCAAUACGAGUGAGCGCCUGAGCGCCCUGCGGCUGCACAUGCAGUCUCACAACUUCUCUGCCUACAUCAUUCCUGCCACGGAUUCACACAUGGUAAGGCAAAGGGUGCAGCCGUUCCACCUUUAUCAGGGAUGGGAAGGGACUGGGUUCUGUCCAAAAAGAAACACUACGUUUCCAGACCUGAAGCUACAAAGAUAGGAUGUCAAGUGUGUGUCAAGGCCUUGUAAGAGACCUUGCCUUGUAUGUGGCUUCAGAUUCCCAUGACCAGCAGAAUCAGGAUAGGUUAUGCAAAACAAUCUAUUUGCAUAUGGUAAAGGUGCAGGUGGCACUGUGGUCUAAACCACUGAGCCUAGGACUUGCCAAUCAGAAGGUCAGCGGUUCGAAUCCCCGCGACGGGGUGAGCUCCUGUUGUUCUGUCCCAGCUCCUGCCAACCUAGCAGUUUGAAAGCACACCAGUACAAGUAGAUAAAUAGGUACCACUGUGGCGGGAAGGAAAACAGCAUUUCUGUGCAGUUUGGUUUCCGUCACUGUUUUCCGUUGCACCAGAAGCAGUUUAGUCAUGCUGGCCACAUGACCCUGAAAGUUGUCUAGACAAAUGCCAUCUCCCUUGGCCUGAAAGCAAGAUGAGCACUGCAACCCCAUAGUCACCUUUGACUGGACUUAAGUGUCCAGGGGUCCUUUACCAUUUACCUUUUAAUUUGCAUAUAUCUGCACACUUUGUAUAAUGUAUGCAUAUUGCAGAAUUCUGUUUUUCUGGACACUUAAUUUUGAUUUCCUAGCUGCAUAAGUUUUCUGUUUUCUUUUGGGGUUUUUAAGAGGAGAUGAUAUACUGGUAUGUUAUUAGAAAGGGGAACCUUUCUUGCACUUAAGUGCAUUGCAGGGGGUUGGACUAGACAGCCCUCGGGGUCCCUUCCAACUCUACAAAUCUAUAAUUCUGUGAAGACAGUUCCCUGAACUCAGAGGGCUUUUCUGUUUCCCAGAGUGAGUACAUUGGUGAACGGGACAAGAGGCUAUCCUGGAUGACAGGCUUCACAGGAUCAUCAGGUAAAUACUCUUUCAGAUUUACCAUCCCACUUUUCCUGGUCUACAUUGGCCAGUACCCUAAGAUGCACAGGUCCUGGACAAUAAAUGGGGGACCCUUUGCAAGUUGUUGGCCUCCAGCUCCCAUCAGCCCCAGCCAGCAUGGUCAGUUAUCGGGGGGAUGGGAGCUCUGUAGUUCAGCAAUAUUUAGGUCCCAGGUUUCCAAUCCCCAGCCUAGGCCUAAUACAGACUUCUGUUCACCGGGAGUUAGAACCAGCACCUAAAUUGAAUGCCAAGUUAAUGGAAUGUGCGUAGAAAUAACAACAGCACAUUAUUGUUAGCAAAGUUGCUUCUAUAACACAGGAGUCCAGAGUAAUAUGAAAUCCUGAUAACACGUUACUCAGAAAAGCUGAACAAAACAGUAUAUAAAUUGGGAAGAAAUGAAAAAAGAGAUUUUGUCUUUAUUACUUCACAACAUCCACAUAACCAAACAUACAGAGAAAAGAAUUCCCUCAGAACUACACAGCCAAUCAGGGCAUGUGCUUCCUCAGCAAAGAUCAUUCCCUGCUGCCUGGCUGUUUCCCUCUUGGCUAGUCGACUUUAGCAUUAACAGAGCUAAGCCUUAAGCUGUAUGUGGGGAACCCCUGAUCCUCUGGAUGUUGCUGAACUACAAUUCCAACAGCACUUGGCAUGAUUGCUGUCAAUUGACUCAUUAUGAACAUACGAAGGAAGGAAGGCAGGGAAUAAAUGAAUUUUCUGAAUUUUUGAAUAAGAAAAGUAGCUGCAUUUAAUGUUUUAAAGAUGUUGGGAGGUGUCAUAUUCAAGGCACUGUAUUUGCUUGUUUAAAAUUAAAAAAUUAAAGGGGAGGGGGACACAAAGGGCAGAAAUUUCCCGUAUCUGAUUUCUCACACCUGUAAUGUGAGUGUGAAGCUUGCAUUGGCAAAGAUUCACAUGUGGUCUAAACUUGGCGCUCAUGUUCUCUGUGUCUUUUCAUUGACAUCAUUUAUAAAUGAUGCACUUCACAUGAAAGAGCACUCACAACAUCGGUUGUGAAAACACAUUGCCACAUCCAUUCUACACCAUGCAUAUAAAGGACAUUUAAAGCACAUGGCUCCCCCCCCCCCCGCAAUGAACCCUGGGAACUGUAGUUUAUCAUCACAGAGCUACAGUUCCCAGCACCCUUAAUAAACUACAGUUUCCGGGAUUAUUUGGGAAAAGACAUGUGCUUUAAAUGUAUGGUUUGGAUAUGACCUAUUUAGGACGUGGGUGGUGCUGUGGUCUAAACCACUGAGCCUCUUGGACUUUCCGAUCAGAAGGUCGGCGGUUCGAAUCCCUGUGACAGGGUGAGCUCCCAUUGCUGUGUCCCAGCUCCUGCCAACCUAGCAGUUCGAAAGCAUGCCAGAGCAAGUGGAUAAAUAUGUACCACUGCAGCAGGAAGGUACACAGCAUUUCCAUGCGCUCUGGUUUCCAUCACGGUGUUUUCUUGAACCAGAAGCGGUUUAGUCAUGCUGGUCACAUGACCCAGAAAGCUGUCUGUGGACAAACGCCGGCUCCCUUGGCCUGAAAGCGAGAUGAGUGCUGCAACCCUAUAGUCGCCUUUGACUGGACUUAACUGUCCAGGGGUCCUUUACCCUUUACCUUUUAUUUAGGCCUUGUUUAGCUCUGGGAUACCAAGACGUAGUAAAGAAGCUUCUAGGCAUGUACAGAGUGCAUUUCCUUCACCAAGUAGUAACCAGUUCCAGCAAGUGCUCGGAAGUAGGGCUGAACACUUAAGGAAUGUGUUUUCCAAGCAAGCUCAGGUCAUAGCAACUCUGAUUUUAGGAAUUUAUAAUGAUACACACACAUUAAAUUGUUCUGCUUGUUUGUUGUAGGGACUGGUGUGGUCACUUUGCAGAAGGCUGCGCUCUUCACUGACAGUCGCUACUGGAUCCAAGCUGAGCGCCAAAUGGAUUGCAACUGGGAGCUGCAGAAAUCAAGUUAGUGCCCACCAUAAAAAUGUAUUGGGGUGCAGUUCCCCCUCUGGCCACCAGGGCUGCAUAGAGAUAGGGAGAAAUUCAAUUCAGCUCACAAUUAAAUGUGAACCUUCUUAAUUAGCUUUUCCUGAAACAAUAUGCAGACUGAAAUGCAACCAUCUUUCAAAAUUGGCACUUCUGAAUUUUGCAGUGGAGUCCUCCAGCCAAAUAACGUGAAGAAAAAUGCAUCUACUAGGGCAGAGGGUGCAUAGAAAUGCAUAUAGCAGUGAAAAUAACAUACAAAAAUGCAUUGUACUAGGGGAAGUUGCUUUGUGAAAAUGUGCAUACAAAAAUAUGAAAAUGAAUAUAUUUGCACUAAAACGCUGGUGAAUUUUCAUGAAGACUAUAUAUAUAUAUAUAUAUAUAUAUAUAUAUAUAUAUAUAUUGUACCCAGAUGUGGAAAUGCAGAGAAGUGGACUUAAGACUGGAAAAAUGAGAAACUGAAAUCGACAGGUUUGUUCAUCUCUAGUGCCACACGUCAGCAGACAAGCCCUUCUAGACUAAAGCAGGUGUCCUAGGAGACCUCAGUGUGAAAUGGAUGACCAGGUCAAACAGAUACUCCAACCACAAGUCCUGGGCUGCUUCCACCGUGUGAAUUUCUUGUGAAACAGCUAUGCUUUGUUCACCCACUUUUUUUAAUGAGGCACCUGCAUAGCUAAUUAACUAAUUCAAUUCAUUAAUCAGUGCCCAUAAAAUAUCUCAAUAUGAUUUCACAAUAAAUUCACAUCAGGAAUAAAAGCAAUUAUGCAAUUUCAUAUAUGAAAAACAGGCAUGCAAACUCAGGAACCGCUGACACAUGACACCUACAUCUUGCUAGGAUUCAGACUCAAGUCUGCUGACCUUUAUCAAGCCCAUCACAGAGCAACUGGUUCAGGGCUGGCAUAGUCUCUCCUGAUUGCUUCGUAUAGUUAUUGAAUAACAUUGGUGGCAAGAUGGUACUAUUUGGAACCCCCCAGCACAGCUGCCAGGGAGCCAAAAGGUAAUCACCUGAGGCUAUUCUCUGAAACCAACCUUGGAGGUGGUAUCAGAGCCACUGUAAAACAGUGUCUCUCGCACCCAUCUUCCCCCCACCCUAGUCUGUUCAGGAGGAUACCAUGCACAGUGGCAGCAAACGCUUCUGACAAUGCAAGUAAAAAUAACAGCAUCACCCUAUCUUUCUCCGGAUAAAAGUCAUCUGUUGGGGCAACCAAGGUCAAUCCAGUCCCAUAACCAGGACUGAACCCAGAUUGAAAUGAAUCAAAACAAUUGGUUUCACCCAAGAGUGCCUGGAGCUGCUCCACACUACCCUCUCAAUCCCUAAAUCCAAAAAGGGAAUAUUUGUAGCUGGGCAGUAGUCACUGCAAACCAAUGAGUCCAGUGUGGGCUUUUUCAGGAGUGAUCAAAUCACUGCCCCUUUGACAAUUGCCAGGACCACUCCCACCCACCCACCCUGCAAAGAUGCCUUAAUCACAUCCUGGACCCACUUGAACCAUACCUACUGCCCUGUCCAGAUUCAUCCAAGUAUGCUGCUGUGAUGUCAACAUCAGGGAGGCAGUUCUACCCAAGACAUUGGGUGCUACUGGCUCUGCCAUUGAGCUAUGGCAUUAGUUGACUCAAUGGCCAAUGUUAUCAAUGGAAUUACAGCUAGCUUCUUCUCUUGAGGUGGUCCAUGCAGUUGCUGGAACACUCACCAGUGUUCACUCUCCUUUCUCUUGCAGUCUGGAUCAACUCUAUUGGGCAGUGGAUUCUUCAAGAAAUUUCAGCUGGGGAGAGAAUUGGAUUGGAUCCCUUCCUCUUUUCUAUUCGUAAGAAGCACUGUUCAUCACAUCCGCACUAUGCAUUUAAAGCACAUGGUUUCCCCCCAAAGAAUCCUGGGAACUGUAGCUUACCCCUCACAGAGCUACAAUUCCCAGCAGCCUUAACAAACUACAGGUCCAGCUCACACAGCCCUUAUUCUGCCUCUGGUCUGUGUUUCCUUUUGGAAAAAUGAGGCACAGCAGAGACCAUGUAGGUGUCUUUAUGAUACAUGGUUUAUUUACACAUAUAUACAACCUGAAGCCUAGCUAGAGAGAGAUACAGAGCACCACAAGGUUUCUAUUUCUUCCCUGGUUGCAGCCUUGCAGCUCAGCAGCAAAUCACUCAUCUCUAACUUUUCCCCUGACAGCUUGCAUCACUCUGUUCCUCUCAAGCUUUCAUUGUCUCAGCUUCAGGAAGAGGCCCAACACUUUUCUGAUGCUAAUGGUUCAUUAUCCUCAGGCCACCACCUGAAAGGGAAUUAAGAUGACUCCAUUACCUUUCAACUCAUGCUGAUUUCCUAACAUUAAGAAGUGCCUAAUACACAACACAGGAAGUCUGCCUGGCAUAAUAUGCUAAUUAAAUGAUUAGGACACAGGUCAAAUACACACAUGGAUCUAUGUUAAACACACAUCAGUGCACCUAUUUCCUGGCUCUAGCAUCCCAACUUAAUUAAAUUCUAACACUAACCCGAUCCAGAAUUCAGGUUGUCUUGCACCACAGAUUCAUAAUAAUACAAUAAAUAAAACAAGAUUACUUAAACAACAUGCAGCAUCCAAUAGGGAAAAUAACAAGAGAGCUUCACAGUUUCAGCUUAGUGCUAGAGAUACUGCUCCCAUUAUGUUGCUCAGUGUCCCUCUCCUGCAUUCACUUGCAAGGCUCCCAAGCACAAGGGGUUGGGUAGCUGGAAACACCCCUCUUAUGAGAUUUAGACAUACUACUGUGUAAAUUCACACUUAGCCAUGGUGCUCAGUGGGCGAUUUUACCUUCUAAGAGGGACGGAGAGGCCUAAGUCCACCCAGAGUCUAAGAGUAACUGCUCUACUACAGGUGACUUGCUCUUCCCCUCUCCCACAGACCCUGGCCAAGGAAAGCUGCUCUGUACCUGUGGGCAGCUAUGGAGUCAUUUUCAGUCCCUGGAUUGAACUAAUUCAGUUUAAUUAACUUUAAAAAAAAAUCUGAAUAACGCAUGAAACUAGUUGCUAUAAUUUCCAGGUGAACUGAAUGUGAAUUAAGGGCUCGUCCCCACUUAGAAUCAUAGAAUAGAAUCAUAGAAUCAUAGAGUUGGAAGAGACCACAAGGGCCAUCGAGUCCAACCCCCUGCCAAGCAGGAAACACCAUCAGAGCACUCCUGACAUAUGGUUGUCAAGCCUCUGCUUAAAGACCUCCAAAGAUGGAGACUCCACCACACUCCUUGGCAGCAAAUUCCACUGUCGAACAGCUCUUACUGUCAGGAAGUUCUUCCUAAUGUUUAGGUGGAAUCUUCUUUCUUGUAGUUUGGAUCCAUUGCUCCGUGUCCGCUUCUCUAGAGCAGCAGAAAACAACCUUUCUCCCUCCUCUAUGUGACAUCCUUUUAUAUAUUUGAACAUGGCUAUCAUAUCACCCCUUAACCUCCUCUUCUCCAGGCUAAACAUGCCCAGCUCCUUUAGCCGUUCCUCAUAAGGCAUUGUUUCCAGGCCUUUGACCAUUUUGGUUGCCCUCCUCUGGACACGUUCCAGUUUGUCAGUGUCCUUCUUGAAGUGUGGUGCCCAGAACUGGACACAGUACUCCAGGUGAGGUCUGACCAGAGCAGCUGUUCCACCUGUCCAGUGCAAAGAAAGCAUGAUGGGUCUGAGCAGUUUCACCUUUGCUCCCCACCCUGCCCUGCUUCCCCCAGAAAACAUGCUCUUUAGCGAUUAAUCGGAACAAAUGGCAUUCUGCAGGAAACCUGAUUGUCAUUUGCUGCAAUGCAACUUUAAGCCAUGGGUUUUCCCAGGGGAAAGCAGUGGGGGAAACAGAAGUGAGAUAAGCCCUCAGUUCUUUCUGCAGCGGAACUUGGGGAGGUUGUAUAAAUUCAAUUUUCAUUUUCAUUCAAUAAUUUUAUACCUUCCUGGGGAAGUGCCACACCUCAGUGGCAAAGCUCCUGUCCAGAACAAAGCCCUAGGUUCAAUCCCCACUGUGUUUAACUCUGUGUUUGAUUGUGGUCACUGCAUUUCACACUGUUACCUAUCUAAAAAGUAUAGUGGUACCUCUACUUACGAAUGCAAUCCAUUUCGCACCCCGAAAAGUCCAUAAGUAGAGUGCCGCUACUGCACAUGCGCGAAGUGCGAUAGACCGCUUCUGCACAUGUGCAAAGCACACAAAUCGCUUCUGCGCAUGCGUGAAGCGUGUAGAUCGCUUCUGCACGUGCACGUGGGGUGAACCCAGAAGUAAACACUUCCGGGUUUGCUGCGUUCAUAACCUGAAAAGCCGCAACGUGAAGCAAACGUAACACGAGGUAUGACUGUAAUGCUGCUAUUUAAGUUCAAAUAUUGUAAUUGUUGGGGAGGAGGAACACCACUCACAUUACAUAGUGUGUUUCGAUGUUCUUUUAAGUAUAUAUUCUAAUUUAGCAGAACGACUUGUAAGAUACUGAAGGCUGGGGGGAAACUACCGAGGAUGACAUGAAUAAACUGAAUUUAACUGUGGACUGAACUGGAACGGAAUCAAUUCCCUUUGGGAACAAAAUUAGUUCCUUUUCUGUAAUCGUUCUUGGCUGCUGUUCAAUGUGAACUGGAACUAAUUUCUUCUGGAAAUGAUAUUUACAAUCACUGGUGAUUUUUCCGCAUCUACCUGCUUGACAUCCUCUUUCCACAGAAAACUGGGAGAGCUACAACCAGGUCCUGGAGGGUUCAGAUAUAAUCCUCGUUCCCCUAGAGGACAACCUGGUGGACCAAGCAUGGGGGGCACAGAGACCUCCUCCUCCCACCAACACCAUCUACCAACUCAAUGACAACUUUGUGGGUAUGUUCUUGAGCCAUGCAUGGACUGGUGCCGGCCUUCCUGGGGAAGUGCCACACCUCAGUGGCAAAGCUCCUGUCCAGAACAAAGUCCUAGGUUCAAUCCCCAAAAUCUCCAGGUACAGCAGGGAAUAUCCCCUGACCCCUGUCUGAUACCCUGGAGAGCUGCUGUUAGCCAGUGUAUACAGCACUGAACUAGUGGGCCAAUGCUCUGACUAUAAGAUGGGUUCCUGGUAUGCCCCGCAGAGGACCUUAAGGUCCAUGAAUAACCAUAGUUUAGAGGUCCCGGGCCCUAAGGAAGUGAGACUAUCCUCCACCAGGGCCAGGGCCUUUUCAGUGAUGGCUCUGACCUGGUGGAAUGCUCUGUCCCUUGAGACUAGGGCCCUUCAGGAUUUAACCUCCUUCCAUCAGGCCUGUAAGUCAGAGCUAUUCCGUCUGGCCUUUAAUUUGAAUUCAGCCUGAUCAUUUUCCCUUCUCUUCUCUCCCCCUACCAUUUUAUGAAGAUCACCCACUCUGAGACCCCACAGCUAAUUCUCCCCUGGCCUCCUCGCUGGCCCAAGUAGGACCAAUUCAGCCAGCUAGCCCUGAGGGUUAUCUAAUGCUUAUUUCCACUAAAUUGAUUUCUGAAUUUUGAAUUUUAUUGUUAUCCAUGUUUUUAUACUGUAUUUUAAGCUGCUUUUAUAAUUAAGUGUUUUAAAUUUGUUGUUAGCUGCCCUGAGCCCGGUUUUUGAACCGGGAAGGGUGGGGUAUAAAUAAAAAAAUAUUAUUAUUAUUAUUAUUCCUAUGUUCAUACAUUACAUUAGAGUUACUUGGCAGGACUGGCCUGUUUUCUCUAACAUUAAUGAAGUUCAGGGGAAGCAAGAAAAGACAUUCAAGUUGGCAUGCUUCAGUGUUCUUAUAUUCCCUGGUUUGACUUGGCAUCAGGCAGAUAAGUUCUUCUGUAUAUAUUUCCUAUUUUCAUCUGUUUGGUUUAUCUCUCCUCCCAUUGCUUAUGUAACUCCGUAAUGUGCCCUGUACACUGAUAGCCCGAUGCUGUCCAGGUUUUUACAGCUGCCUCUAAUACCUUCAUUUCUGGACCAUCGAAACUGGUUCUUAACUGCACAUGGUCUUGCAUGUGGCCCUCAUGGAGCCACAAGGUUAGCGAGGGGACAGGCGGGUGCCAACCAACCUCCCAUUGCAUCUCACCUCCUCUUCUUUCAGGGAGCAGUUGGCAAGAGAAGAUUUCUGUUAUCCGGACUCAGAUGGAGAAUCAUGGCAGGAAGCCCACAGCAGUCCUGCUUUCUGGUCUUGAGGAAACCGCCUGUGAGUGCUCCGUUGUAAUCAAGUUAAUGCACAGCUUGCUUUCUAUAUUUCCACAUUGCCUGUUUCUGCAGCCUCCUCAGCUAUGUCGGUACACAUUCCCUUUGUUGCCCUCACUUGCUGUUCCUGAGCUACUCCCACCAGGGCUGGCUUCAGAGAGUGGCAUUGUUAGGAAAGCUUCAGAUGCUUUGGAAGCAGAAGGUCACAUGUUCAGUCCUGUGCUUCUUUAGGUAGGGCUGCGAAGUUCCCUUUGUGAAACCCCAGAGAGGUGCUGUCAUUCACUUUAUACAACACCGAGCUAGAUGGACCAAUCACAUCCCUGCCAAUUAAAAUUGUACAGUGGAUUGGGAGAUCUUGUGCGUCAAACUCUUUCUCCCCAAAAGAUCAGACUUUUUUUAAUAAGGAAAGUGAUUGGGAAAUGCACUGGAGAACGUGUUGAUAACAUUUGCUUUGGCCAAUGUCAUCUAACCUCCCCACAAGCAAAUCAGAAUGAAUGCACAAUAAAUAUCCACCAUGGUCUGAUCUCCCUGCAAACAAUUCAGAAUGAACACUUAAUAAUAAUAAUAAUAAUAAUAAUAAUAAUAAUAGGUUAUCUGAAUGUGCCCUUAUAUACAGUUUGCACACCACCCCAAUCUCUGAGCUGUGCAAGAUUCCAGGGAUUUCAGAACGACACACAUUCACUUCACACAUUCACUUCAGGGCCUGCUCCUCUGCUUCCCCCGUGACUCUAAUCCUGUCUCCGUUCUGCAAGCCACUCUCCCCAUAACCCUACUCUGCUUUCUUCAACCACUUAAAAGCCUCCUGGGCGAAAAGAAGAAGAAGGGGGGAAAUGGAAUUUGUAAGAAACUCUUGCCUUUCCACAGGGCUCUUCAAUCUUCGGGGAGAUGACAUCCCUUACACACCUGUCUUCUACGCUUACACACUUCUCACCAAGACAGAUAUCAGGUACUUGAGCAACUUACUCACUGUUUCAGACAAGGGUCUGGUUCAAACAAGUGGGAUCCAGAAUAAAAUGGCUGCAGUGUGAGAUGCUCUCCUCAGGGUGCAUGCCAGCCAGCCAUGCCCUCUUCCAGAACACUCCAUUUCCUAUCCUCCAUUUCCUGUUUUACCUCCCCUCCCCCAAAACAGAAACUCAGCAUUUUGUCCUGACUAAGCAUUAGGGAUGAGGGAGAAAUUCUAUGCAGUUUGUAUUUACAGGCAAUGCUACCAAAUUCUCACUUUCAGUCUUCAUAUCGUUCCAGGAAACACAGCCCUCCUUCAAAAUUCUCACCUAUCUGAAUUCUGUGGUGCAGUUCUCCAGCCAAACAAUGUUAACAAAAUUCCCAUAAGUUCCCUGAGAAGAGGGAUGGGCUGUUUUUAAACCACUCUUGAAAACUGGAGCUCUGUGAGGGGACUAGAGGCAUCCUAACAGCUCUCAGAGCUCCCUUAGCAAACUAUCGUUCCCAGGAUUCUUUGGGGCAGGGGAGGCCAUGACUGUUUAAAGCAGGGGUCAGCAACCUUUUUCAGCCAUGAGCCGGUCCACUGUCCCUCAGAACCAUGUGGUGGGCCGGACUAUAUUUUUUUUUGGGGGGGGGGAAUGAACAAAUUCCUAUGCCCCACAAAUAACCCAGAGAUGCAUUUUAAAUAAAAGCACACAUUCUACUCAUGUAAAAACACCAGGCAGACCCCACAAAUAACCCAGAGAUGCAUUUUAAAUAAAAGGACACAGUCUACUCAUGUAAAAACAUGCUGAUUCCCAGAACAUCCGAAGGCCGGAUUUAGAAGGUGAUUGGGCCGCAUCCGGCCCCUGGGCCUUAGGUUGCCUACCCCUGGUUUAAAGCGAUUUUAGCUGUUUACUAGCACAUUAAAUGUAUAGUGUUAGAGGGGGCCAAAGUGAAUCAACAAAGUAACAGACAGUUGUUUGUUCUUCCAAUCUCACUUGGUUUCCCCCACCCCUCCUUAGUCUGUUUGUGAACCAGAGUCGACUGAGCAAAGAGGCAUCCCAGUCGCUGGUCUCUCAGUGCCCAGGGCCCCUGUGUGUGCAGGUGGAGGACUAUGAUCAAGCAAGCGCAAGUCUGAGAAAGUAUGCCCAGCAGGAUGGCGUUCGAAUAUGGAUCGGGACUGAAUACACCACCCUAGGACUCUAUCGAGAAAUCCCCCUGGUAAGUAAGAAAGAUGGAGCGACUCAUGUACAGGGGAACCAUUGAAUCAGAGAGGAGGCUGCACUGGAAAAAUUGGAGGAGAAGCAUAGAUAUCUGCCUUCCAUUGAGUCAGACCAUUGGUCCAUCUAGCUUACUAUGGUCUACUACACUGACUGGUCAGGGAUGUAGGUGGCACUGUGAUCUAAACCACUGAGCCUCUUGGUCUUGCCGAUCAGAAGGUUGGCAGUUCGAAUCCGCGCGAGGGAGUGAGUUCCUGUUGUUCUGUCCCAGCUCCUGCCAACCUAGCAAUUCAAAAGCAUGCCAGUUUAAGUAGAUAAAUAGGUACCAUUGUGGCAGGAAGGUAAACAGCAUUUCUGUGCGCUCUGGUUUCCGUCACGGUUUCCGUCACAGUUUAGUCAUGCUGGCCACAUGACCUGGAAAGCUGUCUGUGGACAAACACCGGCUCCCUUGGCCUGAAAGUGAGAUGAGCACCUCAACCCCAUUAUUAAGUAGUGGGUUGACAAAGCAGACGACAUAGAGAUUUCUCCAAGUAGCUCUUUAUAAGUAAGCUGGAACUGAACUGAACAGCUCAGCCGGCUUGCGGCUGUCAACAUUAUAACAGCAACCCAGGGUUUCCCGCCUAAAUAAACUAAUGUGGACCUGAGUGAAAACUAUAUACACAAUACCCAUGGUGGCCAGGGUGAGAACUUCAGUACUUAACACCCAUGGUCACAUUUGACUGGACUUAACCAUCCAGGGGUCCUUUACCUUUUACCUUACCUUACACUGACUGGCAGCUACUCUCCAAGGUUUCAGAUGGGAGGCACUCCCAUGUGGAGAUGCCAGGGAUUAACCUGGGACCUUCUCUGUGCAGAGCAGAUGCUCUGCCACUCAGCUAUGGCCCUUCCAAGGUGAAAAGGAAGAACAUAGAGAGUGAGCCAUCAUCACCACUCAUGGUUUGGAAACUUAGGACAGGAAUAUGCCUUGGACCAAGUCAGACAAUUGAUUCACCUAGCUUAGUAUUGUCAACCCUGGGCCCAUCCAUACGGGAACCCCUUUCUGUUUGCUAAAAGCAAAAGUUUUGUUAUGUUUUCACAUGGCAUCGAAUAGUGCAUCGCCUCCAUUCACUGUGCAGUUAAGAACAUAAGAGCUUGCUGGAUCAGGCUAGUCCAGCAUUCUGUUCUCAGUGGCCGACCAGAUGCUUGCGGGAAACUGGCAAGCAAGACCUGAGCACUCUCAUCAUGCAGUUUCCAGCAGCUGGUAUUCAAAAGCAUGCUGUCUCUGAGAGCAUAACCAAUAUAGCUAGUAACUUCCUGCACAGGAAGCUCCCUGCAUGGUUUUUGCAUGCUGUUUGCUGUCUUAAAUCCUGCAAAGUUUCUGCGCCACCUGACAAUGUUUGCAGCGGGUGGCAGUGCAUGACAACUGAGCUGCCGAGCCUUGCUUUUUAGGUCACACAAGCUAUUAUUAGGCACACCUCUCCUUUCACUCUGGUUAGGGCAUAUGCAUUUGCACAGAAAGUUACCUGUGCAGAGGUGUGGUUUUUUUUCUGGGUGGUGUAACUGAAGUCUCUUUUUUCUGCACUGUCUUUCACCACAAUGCCUUGUAGAACUAAAGGGGAAAGUUGUGAAAAUGAAAUAAAAUGCCAUGUGAAUGCAGCCUGAAAUUGGAAGAUUUGCUAAUCCCCCUAAACCUAGAUAGACCUUUCAUCUGAUCCAGAGGGACUCUUCCUCAUGUCUUAUGUUUGUUACUUCACAAGUGUUUUUAAUGUUGGGCUCUGGGAUUGAAACCAGGCUCCAGGACCAGAGCCCUGCCUCAAAUGGAGUUCAUUGAGGGACACAGCAGACAUCAGGAGAUGAUCGUGCGUGCAUGCAUGCAGGCACUCUAAGAUAUGCUGUGAGAACUGCCACACAUAGAAUGCAGCAUAAGCAAAGGGGAACUGCGCAAUAUGCUCUGCGAGUGAUGACAAAGGCCUUCCUCCAGCUGGUCUGUUUCAGGGUAAACCGACAGGUGCAUCCCCCCUGAGAAUGGACUGUUGACAUGGCUGCCUCCUUCCUGUCUUACAGGAAAAAGUCUUGGUAGAGGAGUACUCUCCUGUCAUGAUCACCAAAGCAGUCAAGAACGCCAAGGAGCAAGAGAUGCUGCGAGCUGCCCAUGUAUGUAAGCCCACCAUGAGUGCAAAAGCAGUGGAACGUUGUGGUGCAAUGAUCUUGUGAGUUUAGAUGUGGGUGGAAGCUCAAGGGAGUUCUCCUAAACCACAGCAAGUGGACCCUUUGCCCAUGACUGGUCUGGACAGUGUUGCCUGAAGCCUUUGGGGCUGGCACCCAUCAGGACUGGUGCGGGAGAGGGUGGCUCCUCAUCUUUGACAGUUUCGGGGGUUCUUCAUCAAGUAUCAACUUGGGGGAGGACCCACAAGGGGAUCUUCAGCAUUGAACUCUAGGGACCCUGCCUGCUCACCAAGAUUCUCAACCCAUGGGGUUUCUGUUUUGUUUUCUGAGGACUCCAUGUCCAGUACCAGGUCAGGGCUAGACAUGAUGCCGGUAGAGAUUAUAUCAUGAGGCCAUGUUGCAGCCAUAUAGUCUGGCUCCAGCCAACUAUGGUGCCUUCUGCAGAUGAAAACUUGAUGCAGGGUGUAGACAGUCAAAAUGGGACAUCUGUGAAUGAUGUGUGCAUUCCAGAACAGACAUGAUGAUAAAAUGAUAUUUGAAUAUUUAUUGCAAUCAUGUGUUUUAUUUGGUUUUUAGAGAGAGAGAGAGAGAGAGAGAAGGGUGUUUUUGGACAUGCUCAUAAAUUUGCAACGUGGCUAUUUAUUAUUUUGCUGUGAGUUUCUCUGUGUACUUAUUAUAGAAAGGCAGGAUAGAAAUACUAAACAACGAUUACAAUCACAGGUACGAGAUGCCAUUGCAGUGAUUCGGUACUUGGUCUGGCUGGAAAAGAAUGUUCCCACCGGUUCUGUGAAUGAAAUCUCUGGCGCCCGUUAUGUAGACCAGUUGCGUAGGUCAGUCUGAAAAGGGCAAUGCUUCAUUUAGGCUAGUUUUGCCAUGGUCUGAUGAUUAUCACAUUGUGAGAACAUGGAGGAAGGCCUUUUCACUGGUGGCACCAGUCUUGUGGAAUGUCCUCUCUGCUGAAAUAUGGCAUUCCCCCGGCUAUUGAAGGUACACCUGCUUAGACAAGCAUUCAUUCCCCUGAAAUUGAACUUCAUGACCUAUCUAUUUUAAUUGGGGGUUUUAAAAACUGUCUCAUUGUUAUGCUUCGGGUAUAGGGUGGUAUAGAAAUUAAAUAAAUAAUAAAAAUAAUGGUAUUAAAUCUGAGUGGUUUUACUAUUUUGGUAGAGUUGUUUUAUUCUUUUAUUUUAAUUAUGUAUGGAAUUUAUGGUAGAUUUUAUGCUUGUAAAUGGCUUAGAAGCUAUUGUGGCAUGUGAAGAGUAUGAAAAUCAAUCAGUGGUGAUGACGCUGCGGAGGGUGAAAAGGGUGCCAACCAGAGUUUUCUCUUUCCCUCCACAGCGAAGAGGCCAACUGCAAGGGACCCAGCUUUGAGACAAUCUCCGCCACUGGUCUGAAUGCAGCUCUGGCCCAUUACAGGUAGGGAUUGAGGAGAAAUUUGUUUUGGUUUGCAAAUCUACCUGAUUCACAUUUACCAAAACAAUACAGGAACUGAAACACAGGUAACCUUCGAAAUUCACAGUUCCACAACCCAAAACACGUAGACAGCUCCCUCUCUCAGAACUAAAGUAGUGGAGGACUCUACCAUUUGCUUCUCAUAUCACUCACCAUUUCCAUCUCCUUAACUAGGGCCUAUAAUUAGAGAUGGAUAGGGAUGGAGGGCUCUGCCCUUAUCAGUUCCCCCCUUUCCUCAUUUUCCCACUCUUAAAUUCAGUUCUCCACAUUUCUGCAGAGAUCUGUGAUUUGUGAAAAUUCAUCAGCAUUUUAGUGCAAAUUUCUCCUAAUAAACAUGUUUGUUUUGUUUGUAUGCAAUUUUGACCCAUGUACACAUUUGGAGGCUCCAUCUGCAUUAUACAUUUAAAGCAGUAUCACCCCCCACUUAAAACGGUAAGGGCUUCCCUCAAAGAAUCAUGGGAACUGUAAUUUGUUAAGAUUGCAAAGAGGUGUUGCCCCUUCCCAGAGCUACAGUUUCCAGAGUAUUUUAACAAUCAAUCCCUCUUCCCAGGGAACUCUGGGAAUUGUAGCUGUGUGAGGGGAAUAGAGGAAUCCUAACAACUCUCAGCACCUUUAGCACAGUUCUCAUGAUUCUUUGGAGGAAGCCAUGACUGUUUAAAGGGGGAUGAUAUUACUUUACAUUAUAGUGUAUGCAGAGCAUUACAGUAGGCUACAUUCCAGCAACACAGAAAUCAGGCUGGAAACACACGAUCCUAUCCACACAAUAACAUUUAAAGCACAUCUAUGCUACUUGAACAGUCACAGCUUCCUCCCUUCAAAACCUUGGGAACUGUAAUUUCCCCCAACAGAGCUAUAGUUCCCAGCACCCUUAACAAAUGGCAGCUCCCAGGAUUCUUUGAGGGAAGCCAUGUGAUUGAAAUGAAUCAGUGUGGCCUCUUCUCUCCCCAUCUUUCAGCCAAACACAAGCGCCCAAGGAGGAGCACAAAAUGGGGGUGGUGAGAAGCGUGGCCAGGGGAGAGGAGGUGUGGCCUAGAGAGGCAGCCAGUCCAAGGGAGAGCCCCAAAGGGCCAAACAGAGAGGUCUGGAGGGGCAGAUUUGGCCUCUGGGCCUGAUUGUUCCCUACUUCUGCCUUACUGCCUCCUUGCAUUCUCCACGAGAACAGUUGAAAAAUUGGGUUUGUUAAAACUGGCGUCACAGCCUCUGAGAACUUAGGUUUGGCACACAUUACCACUUACUUUGGCUCCAGUGCAAUCCCACCACUGGUGUUUGAAGCAAUGCACACAUGAUACUGACCCACGGUCCCUAUCCGCACUGUUGUUUCUUGAGAUAUACUGCUGUUUGAUGCAGCUUCUACCCGAUUUGAAAACCUAAACCACGUUCACUUCACAGUUAAGCUGAGGCGGGUACAUUCGAAGCAGAUGUUGCACAUGUACAGAUGGCAGAUUCACGAAGAGCAAUGCUGGGCUGGGGGUGGGGAGAAAUCAAACAGUUAAUGUGCAUCAGCUGAAAAUAUCCCCCCACCCCCUCACUGGUUUGAACAGCAACAUGCAAGCGCAAUGUUGUUGUUGUUGUUGUUGUGGUGUGUGAGAGAGAGAAAGAGAGAGACUUUGUUGCAUUUUAAGCUACUGAUGUGCACAUAGCCUUGGUCUGCAAUGCUCACAUAAAGGAGCCAGUCCUAAAAGCCGUGAGCGUGUAGAGGGAAACCACAGAGCUGCCAAGAAUCUGCACAAACCGGGGUGGGCAGGAUCUAAAAAUGGCAUGCCCAAAUAUAGGUUGUGGUUUGUGCACAUGGGUUCCUGAGCGUGCAUGUCACACCUGCCUCUGCAAAGCAUAGGGAGAGAGAGUCCUGCUGGUGAAUUCAGCAUCCUGUUUUCUCAAACUUGCUAGCCCCCCCCGCCCCCCGCUUCCAGGAAACUCACAGAAAGGCACAAAGGCAAUUAUAUCCCCACCUGGGAGCCUUGGGACAUGGAGGUGCCACUAGGGAGCUCACUCCCACAAGAGGCAAUAAUGACCACCAAUUUCAAUGGCUUUAAAAGGAGAUGGUUCGUGGAGGAUGUGGCUGCCAAUCUUUGCUAGCUGCUCUGUUUGUACGCUACAUUCAGAAUCAGAAGCAGGCUGCCUCUCUGGGGAGCUAUCCUGGGAGAGAGCUGUCGCUCUCUUGCUCUGCCUGUGGGCUUUCCAGAGACACCCAGGAGUAGACAUCCGGUGCAUUUAAAGUAUCUGGGAACUCUCAAAACUCCCAGAAACUUUAAAUGCACCAGAGUUUUGAUCGCAGCAAAAUGGAAGAGUAAUGAAAUCCCCUCUAUACAAGAUUGGAUCCAAAAGCUGACAGAAUAUGCCGAAUUAGAUGGUUUAUCAGAAAAAAUAAAGAAUAAAUCAAAACAGGAAUUUGUUUCUAAAUGGGAGGUUUUCAAAGAAUAUCUGAAAAAUAAAUAUAGUAGUUUAAAUUCUGUUGCAGCAUUCGAGGAACUUCAGUGAUAGUUGCUAGGUAGAUAGAAGAAAUUAGAUUUAUUGAGAAUAAGUUUAAUUAUGAAAAAAAAUGUGUGUAUUGGCAAUACGUAAUAUGAAUUUGAAAUAUGGAAUAGACGGGAAGUUGGGUCUUUAGUGUUAAGACCAGUAGAUGUUUUAUUGUUUGCCAAGAAAAUUAUGUGUCUAUGGUUAUUUUUGUAAUUUGUGUGUAAUUUGGUAUUUGUGGGUUUUUUUGUGUGUGUGUUUUUCUUGUUGUAUAAAUAAAUAAAUAAAUAAAUAAAUAAAUAAAUAAAUAAAUGGGGGGGGUAUCUGGGAACUCUAGCUUCUUCAUGGUGCUGGGAGUUGUAACUCUGUGAGGGGUAAACUCAGGGGCUGGCCAGGUUAGCCCACAAGGGCACAGGCCUAGGAAGGCACAAGAAUUGCACCUCUGGCCUAGGAGUGGCUAGGAGCCUGCACAGCUCCUCCGCUGUUCGGUCAGGCAUACAGGCUCCUCUGGCCAUCUCUGCAGAGGAAUCCAGUUGCUGGUGUGUACUGCUGUAGCCAGGUGGGCAGGAGCGGGACUGAACCUAAGGGUCAGAGGUACCUUUACCUUUACUUCACUGUUGCAGCAGCCCUGUGGAGCCCUCUCCAGUUGGCUGGCAGAGCUUUUAGAAGUGUGAGCAGGGGCUCGGAGAGAAGAAAGACAGAGAGAGCAGGGAAGAGUUGUAGGAGGAGGGAAAAGGAAGGGGAGCAGAAGGAGGCAGAAGGGAAAGCAUGGAGCAGAAGGAGGCAGUAGGCAGACAAGCAGACAGACUGAUGGGGGGAGGGGGAACAGAGCAGACCCAACUCUGAUGGCCAGGGAGGAAAUCGCUGUGGGAGUGCAAAAGGUGAAGGAAAGCAAACUUUAAGUUUCUACUCCAUAGUCUCUCCUGACUUUGGAGGCUCCAAUACAGUUCCUUGCCAAGGGCACAAGCGCCUAGGCUUGCCUCUGGGUAAACGACGAUUCCUAAGAUUCUUUGGGGUGGUGCUUGAAAUGUAUGGUGUGUACAUACCGUAGCUCUGAUUGGUCAUUGUAGAAAACAGGAAGAGGGUUCUGGAUUAGUCUAUUCUUUGGUCUGAUUCAGCAGAGCUUUUUGGGUUUUUUACUAGCAGCCUUUGUGGUGAGGUGGAGCAGCCCUCCCAAAACCAGCAUCCCUGCCACUUACUGGGUGGGACUUGGGUGACCCAUGGUGGAGGCUCAGAUGGGAUGCACCAGUGAGAGUGGCAGGUUGGCACUCGGUGCAGCCACACAGCCCGGCCUCACCACAGCCUCACUCCACACUAGGCACAUUCCGAUAAGCUACAUCAGCCCUGGUGCUGGAAGGAUGGCUUUGCAGCACAUUCCCACCCCUUUGGCCACUAUUGCUUCUUACAUUCUUCCUCUGUUUUUCUGAUUGUAAAUUGUUGUGAUCUUUUGUUUCUAUAUCGUUGUCAUCUGCCAUGGGACUUUACGGUGCAGGGCAGGGGAGGAAUAAAAACCAUCAUCUAAACAGAUGCUGUGUACAACCCAUGCCUCUAAAGCACAUGACUUUCCACCAAAGAAUUCUGGGAACUGCUUGUUAAGGGUGCUGGGGAUUCUAGCUCUGUGAGAGGUAAACUACAGUUCCCAUGAUCCUUUGGGGAAUACUAUGUGCUUCCCUGUGAUAGUAAUAUUCCUUUACUCUUAUUGGGUGAACACCUUAUCCUGUUUUCGAAUUUCCCUGCGUCUGCUGGCGACUGAACACUGAGCUUGGAGGCACAAUUGCCUGACCCAACAUGCUAAUUCUGAUGUUCCUCUCUGUGCCUUUCUUUUCCUCUUUCAGCCCAUCCAAUGCUACUGCCCGAAACCUGACUGUGAAUGAAAUGUACCUGCUGGACUCAGGGGGCCAAUAUUUGUGAGUAUGGGAUGCCCUUUCUCUCUUUGGCCAGGCUCAGGGGCCUGUACCUGGCAGCGGGUUUUAUGGAAAAGCAGCUCACCUUGUGGGCCAGAGCCUCUGGCAGGUGGGUCACUGUACUGUAGGAGGGAGAGAGGAAAGUGGCAGGAAGGUCAGCGGAGUGCAAACAUACUGGCAGAGCCAAUGUGGCACUCCUGCUGAUGUGCUUACACAUCACCAGCUUCCCCACUACCUCACCCCUCCUCCUCCGUCUCCUGGUAAACACCAGUGAGCCAUCUGCUGAGAAGGUAGCAAAGAGACUCCUCCCCACCUAGCAAGCUGCUUCUGGAUUUAUGGAGCUUUCUCCUAUCAAGGAUAGCACUCUGAGUAUGCCCCAGUGACAACUCCUUGUACUCUAGGGUUUGGUUUCAUCUAUUGAUCUCUGAAAUACAGCAUCCUACCCUACAGACUGUAUCAGAGGCAGAUCUAGGGGAGUGCAACUGGUUUGGUCGCACUGGCCGUGGAACCUGGGGGUGCCACAACUAUUAUUUAGAAUGCAGUGAAAGAGGUGGAGGGGGGCACCAAAUUUUGGCAUUGCACAGGGCGCCGCUAAAAUUUGAGAACUCAGCAUCUGCCACUGACCGUAUGGAGUGUUAAGAGCAACAGCUGGGACCCUCUUGAUAGUUCUGCUGCCCUCACAGGCUCGGGGUGGUAGAACCAUAGACUUGUAGAGUGGGGAGGGACCCUGUGGUCAUCUAGUCCAACCCCCUGCAAUGGAGUGAUUGUGCCUGUGGUGGCCUCUAAAUUGUGGAACUUCCUCCCCACAGAGGUGCAUAUGGUGCCUAAAUUAUGUAGUUUUUGUCAUAUGCUGAAGACCCACCUCUUUACCUUGGUUUUGACAAGGGGGGGGUGUUUUAGGACUCACCUGUGAUUUGUUUAAACUGUUUUUAAAUUGUUGUAACCCACACUGGGACUGCUGAUGAAGGGCGGGUAAUGAAUUUGUCAUAAUACUUGUUGUUGUUACAAAUUAUUGGGCGCUUUCUCUAUAAAGUCUGUAAAAUGUUGUGAACAGGUUACAACAUAUAAACAGUCAGAAUAUUUACUACCCAUCACAUGAUACAAUUGAAAUAUCAAACUAUGCCUAGGAGGAAGAGCAGAGGUUUUCCCAGAUUGUCAUUAUUUUUGUUGUUAAGAUUCAUUAGGCUCCCUGCUCAAGGAACAGGUCUUGUGGAGGAGAUCCAGGGUUGAUGCGCAAUAAAUGGUAUUUAAAAAUACAGCUACUCAGAAUAAAACAGGUAACCAGAAGGAAGAACAAAGGCAUUGCUAAAAAACGAAACCCUCACUUCCUAAAUCAGGGUUAAGAGUCAGGCAAGUGUCUGCGAGCAACAGGUUCCACGUAGCAAAGGGGGAACUGCUGCUCUCAAAGGUUCUCCACGUGCUCCCCUAAAUAUAUCUGGCACGACUUUGGGGCUAAGUGUGGGGAGCCCGAUCCACCAAAACAGCUCCUCACUACCUAAAACUAGGUAGUUUUAUACACUCUGGACUCCUUAAGGAGUGGGGGACAUGCCUCUUUGCAUAGCAAUUGGAUUACCGACUUUGCUUCAAAAUGUGGUAAGCCAGCCUUGCUACAUUUUGGGAAGCCCUCCAGCUCCUUCUGCCAAGUGAGGCUCUCGACCUCUGCUGCAAAAUCCUGACCUGACGGUCACCGUUGCCUGACAAAGCUCCCUUCGCUUUGCUUCUCUCACCCCUGCAGAGAUGGAACAACGGACAUAACCCGCACUGUCCACUGGGGGGAGCCCACAGAUUUUCAGAAGGUACCGUACACCUGGAUUGCACACCUGGGACUCGGGGACAAAGUCUUGUUUUCCUUCUGCUGUAUUUCCACCCCCACCCCCUUGUCUAAGUUACUUUGCCCUCCUUUUCUCUUGCUCCCUUCAGGAUGGCUAUGGUAAAGCAGGUGGCUCCCAAGUGCGUUGUUGUUGUUGUUGUUGUUGUUGUUGUUGUUGUUGUUGUUGUUGUUUUUCAAAAAAAUAUUGAUUUUUACAAAAUUAAAAACACACUAACAAAUAAACAAACAUAAACCAUAACCUUAUUAAAACUAAUCUUCUUAACAUUGUUAAGUGACUUCCUCGUAUCCCCCUAGUUGAAUUUCAGUGCUUAUCAUUUUAACGGUUUUCCAAAUCAAAGUUCUUAUAAUUUUAACUUAAUCACUUAACACCACUCUUUCUUCCCAAUUCAGCAUUAAACAUAAUAAUUCAUCACAUUACUUAUUUAAGUCCUAAGCCUAACUGGUAAUUGCAAGCUUUUUCCAAUUAAUUUAACUUAACAUAUUUAACUAAAUAAUCAUUAAUUUUCAUCCAUUCUUCCUGGUACUCCUCCUCAUUCUGGUCGCGGACUCUUCCGGUCAGGUCGGCUAGCUCCGAAAAGUCCAUCAUCUUCAUCUGCCAUUCUUCCACAGUUGGUAGUUCUUGCGUUUUCCAUUUCUUAGCUAGUAAAAUUCGAGCAGCAGUUGUGGCAUACAAAAAUAAUUUAACAUCUUUCUUGGGCAAUUCCAAACCUGUUAUUCCCAGAAGAAAGGCCUCUGGUUUCUUUAUAAAUGUAUAUUUCAACAUUUUUUUCAAUUCAUUAUAAAUCUUUUCCCAGAAGUCUUUCACCACAUGUGAUAAAAAGUUCCUUCUUUCUCUUUACAUUUCCAGCAUAGAUUGUCACAGUUAUGAUAAAUCUUUGCUAAUUUAACAGGAGUCAAAUUCCAUCUAUACAUCAUUUUCAUUAUAUUUUCCUUUAACAUUGUACAUGCAGUGAUCUUGACCCCUCUCUUCCACGAUCUUUCCCAAUCCUCAAACAUUAUGUUAUGUCCUACAUCUCUUGCCCAAUCUAUCUUCUCUGAUUUAACUUGUUCAUCCUUUGUAUGCCACUCCAAAAGUAACUUAUACAUUUCAGACAGAUUUUUAACUUUAGUGUCCACCAACUCCGUCUCCAACUUAGAUUUUUCAGAAGCAAAACCAUUUUUCUGAUCUAAUUUGUACAAUUCAUUAAUCUGGUGAUAAUGUAACCAAUUUAACUUAUCUUUAACUUGAUCAAAUGGUUUUAACUUAUAUCCUUCUUUAUCCUCCAGUAAUAAAUCUGAAUAUGUCAACCAUUUGGUAUCCAUAUUUAAAUUUUUCUGGGUCUUCGCCUCCAUUGGUGAGAGCCAUCUGGGCAUCUUCCUUUCUAAAAGAUCUUUAUAUUUUAUCCAAACAUUGUACAACGAUUUCCUAAUUACAUGAUUUUUAAAUGCAUUAUGGGCCUUUACCUUAUCAUACCAUAAAUAUGUGUGCCAUCCAAACACAUUGUCAAAUCCCUCCAGAUCUAAUACAUCAGUAUCUUCUAGCUGUAUCCACUCUUUAAUCCAGCAAAGCGCUGCUCCUUCAAAAUAGAUUUUCAAAUCUGGCAGGGGAAAUCCCCCUUUUUCUUUAGAAUCCGUAAGUAAUUUAUAUUUAAUUCUAGGUUUUUUCCCCUGCCAGAUAAAUCUAGAUAAAGCUUUCUGCCAUUCUUUAAAACAUUUCACAUUAUCUAUAAUUGGGAGGGCUUGAAACAAAAAAAGCAUCUUAAAAAAGCAACACAUUCAUCUUAACCACUGAAAUCCGGCCCAUUAAUGACAAUUUUAAAUUUGACCAUACCUCCACAUCUCUCUUAAUUUCAUGCCAUAAUUUCUCAUAAUUAUCUUUGUACAAGUUCAGAUUUUUCCCAGACAGGUUCACCCCCAAAUAUUUAACUUUUUUUCACAAAAUCAAGGCCCGUCUUUUCUUGUAGUAGUUUUCUUUCAUCAUUGUCCAGAUUUUUCUCUAAUACUUUGGUUUUGCUCUUAUUUAACCUAAAUCCCGCUACUUGUCCGCAUUCCUGUAUCAGCUCCAGUGCUUUUACUGCACUGGAGUCUGGGUCUUAUAAUGUCAAUACUAAGUCAUCAGCAAAGGCUUUUAAUUUAUAUUGUUUGGAUCCUACUGUAAUAUGUUGUUGUUGUUGUUGUUAAUUGAAUUAAUAUACCACCCUAUACCCAGAGGUCUCAGAGCGGUUCACAGAAAAGAUCACAACAUAUAUAAUCAGAAUAAAAACAAUGACUCAAUAACACCCCCCCCCCUGAAAAGAGCCACAUUUUAAAGUGUAUAGGACAGGCAUAGGCAACCUAAGGCCCAUGGGCCGGAAGUGGCCCAUGGGGGUUGUUUAACUGGCCCAUGGACCCCCGCCACCCACACGGCUGGCUCCUGUGCACCGGGCUAAACUGGUGCAGAGCAGAGCGGGGACCGCCUUCCGCGACGCAGGGCGGCUUCCCAUUGGCUGCAGGAAGCUCCUCUAGCCAAUGGGAAGCUGCACACGCCUCCUCUGCGCCGGAAGGAGUGCUGGAAAUGGCAUUUGUGCAUGCAUGCGUGCGCUCAUGUGCACACACACACAUGCACUCUGGCCCACCGUGGCGUCUGCAGGAUUGCAAACUAGCCCAUGCCCCAAAAACGUUGCUGACCCCUGGUAUAAGAUGUCAAACAGAUCAACCAUAAAGGUACAGGGACCCCUGACCAUUAGGUCCAGUCAUGACUGACUCUGGGGUUGCGGCACUCAUCUCUCUUUAUUGGCCGAGGGAGCCGGCGUACAGCUUCCGGGUCAUGUGGCCAGCAUGACUAAGCCACUUCUGGCGAACCAGAGCAGCUCACGGAAACUCCAUUUACCUUCCCGCCAGAGUGGUACCUAUUUAUCUACUUGCACUUUGACGUGCUUUCAAACUGCUAGGUUGGCAGAUCAACCAUAGGCCUGGUUAAAAAGUAAAGUUUUUGCCUGGUGCCUAAAGGUGUACAAUGAAGGCGCCAUCACUUUGGGCAGAAAUAUCUCAACUGGCUUACCUCCUGAAACCUGUCCCCAUUCUAGGGAGACCCCAGCAGUAACCAAGCCAAGUGGUAUAUUGAUUCCCUUCUGGAACCGAUGUCCCUGGUACCUCUGCCUAUAUUGGGCACUUGGUGAGAGUUGGUACAGGUCUCCCCCUCCCACCAUGCAUUUAAAGUGUACCCCUCACAGAGCUGCAGUUCCCAGCACCUCCAUAAGAAGGAAGUAUCAGCAGGCUUGGGGAACCCUGAGGUUUGCAAAAGUACCAAAAAAACAAAAAACACAACCAACAACACUUUUCAGGGGAGGAUUCUGGGAAGGGGAGGGGACAAAAACAGCUGAAUAAGAAAUAAGUAUGCUCAAUGGAAUGGCCACAGAAUGUGGAGGGUGGGGCUGGAAUGAUAAAGGAAUGGACUGCAGGGCAGGGCAGUGGCCAGGCAGCAGCACUCAACACUGCAAUAUUUUGUUGCAGGAUUUGCAUGUUGGUUUCAGUUCAUGACUCUGAAUGGAAACUCAUCUGCUGUGCUCCGCAAGGGGCUUCCCAAACCAGACAAGGAAACUGGGUGCUUAAUAAAACAUACUGUUUGAUUAUCUUUCACAACAGCAAGUUGUUGGCAUCCAUCUGUCUCAAGAGACAAUGGAGUGUGCCUCCAAGGGUGAAGUCAAACUGCUGCAUUAGUAGCACCGAAGUGACGUCCCUUGGGCACAAACCUAGGCAGCGUGUAUGGAGGUCUUGGGCUGCCCAAACAACAAGACCCACCCCCCUUGGCCUCACUGAUGUGGUCCAAUACCUUUGGUUGAGGAACAACAAAUAAGGGAUUAUUCUGUAACCCAGAGAAUUCUGGGUGAAAGGACUCUGAGUGGGUGGGUGAAAGAGGUCUUGGAAAAUAUGGUUGUUCCCUCGCCCCUUCAUCCCUGAGUGCUAGAUCAGGGUUGGGUUCAUCACCCCUCCCUGCUGCCCCUAGUACUAAAUAGACCAGUGGUUUAACAGUAUAGGGCAGGUUUUGUGUGUUCUUACGGCAAAAAAUUUUUCCAUGAAUCUGGCUCAUCUUUUUUUUUUUCCCCUCCAUUUCAGACAUUCUUCCUUUCAUCUCUUUAUUUCUUCUUCUCUUCCACUUCUUAGGAAGCCUAUACCCGUGUGCUGAUGGGAGUCAUUGACCUGUCCAGGCUCGUCUUUCCAUCCAGAACUUCAGGUGAGAGGGGGCACCAAAUAAAGUCAGCCCAGCUUCUGAUAUGGAGUGUUUGCCUCCUCCAAAUUUAAUUUCAACUCUAAGAGGGGCAGCCCAAGGUCAAACCCACACCAUACACCUAAAACACAUUUAAAGCACGUAAACGUAUGGUGUGAAUGUGGUCCAAGACAUUUUGCUGCCUGAGGCAAAUGAAAUGAUUCCAUGGACAGAAGCCGGCUGUACUGCUGGUUGAGUCUUACACAAACACCAGCGGUGUUUUUCCACCAUAACUGACAGCAGCAGUCUAGUUUAGUAAGCGUGGUUAAGGCAGACUACGUGCGAUACAUACAGCUCUGUCUUCCAUCAGUUCGCUGCCAAUGCCAUCAGCACCACUCUUACCUGAGGCAGCUUCCUCACUCUGCCUAAAGAUAGAGCUGGCCCUGUGAACAUGCUUUGGGCAUAGGUGAGAGUUUCUCUGCAAGUUGUUCUGUUCCCGCUCCCACACCGCUUUCCUCCCGUGUCUCAGUUUUACUUUACUGACCAACCAGGCAGUUCUCUAGACCUACAGCCUCAGGGGUCACCUCUCAGUUGCUGAGAUUUGCAGGUGUGGGAAAGGGUGUGCGGAAAAACUAACUGUUCUCUCCUGCCGUUCCUCAACAAAACUUGACUUUUCUGUUUUAGGGAGAUUUGUGGAGGCCCUUGCUCGCCGAGCCUUAUGGGAAGCUGGGCUCAACUACGGCCAUGGCACUGGCCAUGGCAUUGGCAACUUUUUGUCUGUUCAUGAGUGUAAGUCGCACCGGGGUCAGGUUGAAUUGCGCUUAUAUUGCCCUUCAACAGUGACAAACAAUGAAACAAACAUUUUAAAAAUGGUAAUCCACCUUCUACACUACUAGAAGCUGAAUUCUGGAAAAUCUAUAUAACAGCCUGCCCUACACAUUUGCUUAUAGAUCGGGUCUGCUGUAGCAAAGGCCAGUAAUUUGCACAGGGCACUGAAGCUUUGCCAAGCUUGGGGGUCACUGGAGGUGGGGCCAAUUUAUUCCAAUUUCCUCCCCGUCCUCCUUCCUUGCAGAUAUACUAUGGACAUUUAACUAAGCUCAGUCCUAUCAGGAUACUUUCAAGCUGAUCUCUGUAAUAUCCAGGACUAGAAACUUGGGGAGUUUUAACACGAAAAAAAUGAAAACCAAGAUUUCUCAUGAUAUUAUGUCUGUUUGCAGGGGUUGUGUAGCUUUGGUGAAAUGCCAUGGGAGAAUUGGUUUUCAUUGCGUUAAGAGGGGAAGACUUCAUAGUUCAGUAGGGAUGGCAAAAUCUCUUGGGCUGGUUUUCUGAUAGCAAUAACUGAUCCUCUCGCCUUUAGGGCCUGUGGGCUUUCAGGCCAACAAUGUGCCCUUGGGAAAAGGCAUGUUCACCUCCAUAGGUAAGUACCACAUGAUCUUCUCUGGUUCUGAUGCCACCAAGCCUUGCUUCCCCCUCCCCAUCCUGAAUCGCAGGCAGGGAUUCUUGUUCUUUCUGGAGUUUGUAUUUGGGAACUGCUAGAUGUUUUAUUCACUGCACCAUAUUCUAGAGGGGUACUUGUGUUAGUCCGUUACAGCGAGCAGAAGUAAGAUUUUUUGCAGUUCUUUAAACCACAUGAAAUCACAAUAAUGUGCAUGUUUACCAAAAGUCUUAGCGUGUCCGUAGUAAAAGCUGUCCACAGUUUCAGUCUAAUAAGAUUUAUUGCAGCAUAAGUGUCUGUCGUUCAGAGCCCAUUUCGUGAGACCGCCUUCCUUCUGGAUUUCCACCCUCCAUACCCAGGAAUUUGCAUUGCUAAAGAGGGUCUCAUUUAAAUAAACAGCCUGACAGGUUUGGGCAAUGAAGUAAGAAGAUUUGCCAGAUUGGUGGGGAGGGGGAGGCACAGAAGCACUCUGAACUCUCUCUCUGCCUCCUCUCUCCUUUGCCCCAUUCUCUCCAGAGCCAGGCUAUUACCAGGAUGGUGAGUUUGGGAUCCGCCUGGAGGACAUUGCUGUUGUGGUAGAAGCAAAGACCAAGGUGAUGCUCCUUCUCUGCCUUUCAUAGGUCACUAAUGGGUGGGUGCAAGACAACCUGUAGGACAUUUUCUGUACAAACUGUGAGCUGUAACCUUAAAUAGGUAGAGAUUCUGCAACAUACAGGUCAGGCCUUAAGGUAUUUGGAAUCCUCAAAGUCUCUUUCAUUCCCAUUUCCCAUUCUAAGGAGGACCCUUCUACAUGUUCAAAGGGGGGGAAAGCAUUUAUAAUUGUCCUUUGUGUGAAAUAACUGCAGCCCCUAAUCCAGGACCAAUUGCAUAGAAAGAGGACAAGGGGAGCCUUUGUGGCUGAAGUGUGGUGCAAAAAAUACAACUCCCAUCAACCCUGACAAUUGAUCAUGAUGGCAGGGUCAGGUGGGAGCUGUAGUCUAGCAACAUCUGGACGGCCACAGGUUCUUCAUACCUGCUAUAAAGCAAUAUCCAGUGCAAGGGUAGGUGGUCAUUGUCACCCGUAGGAUGGUGGGGGACAACCCCAUCAUCCCUUGGAUUUCCCUGGGGCCAACUCAGUCGUGCAUGGACAACAUUUGACUUCUUCACUCUAUAACUUGACAACUGGCAAUUAUAUAUGUGAACAGACUUCACUAAGGGCCAGACAAGAUGUGAAUCUAAAGGUGUAAUGGCAAAUCAUGCCCAUGGGUGGUUGUUGCUGCUGUUGUUGUUUUUAAAGAAAAGUAAAUGGGGUGUGUAAUUUUCAUUAGGACUGUAGUAUGUGAGGAACCCCUGAGUGGUUUUGGCUUGUUCACACGCCCGAGUUGCCCUUUGAGUCUACAGAAGAGAGAAUGUACGUGCAAAACUCAACCUCACAAAAUUGAUGCAACUGCUGAAAAAAAUGUGAGCCACCUCCUUUCUUUGUCUGCCAUAGUACCAAAUGUCUGAAGAGCCCUACCUGACCUUUGAGGUGGUGUCCCUAGUGCCCUACGACCGGAACCUCAUUGAUGUGAAUCUCCUGUCCUCAGAACAGGUGGGUGCAAGCUAAGGGUGGGCAGAUCAGUCUGUUUCUGGCAUUGUUCAUUCGUUCCAGCCCAUUUCUACACCCAUCUGCAAUUUUUAAGAAAACACAUACAAAAAUUAACAUUAUAUUUGCAUGCACUUUAUCCUAAAAUAUGUGUUUUUACCCUGAUAGGGGGUACAUAAAUGAUCAUAAAACGUGCAUUUGGUGUGCAUCUAAAACAUGCAUUUCUGUAUGCAUUUUGGUAUAUUGAGCCAAGAACUGCAAAAUUUGGAGAAGUGCAAAAGCUAGAAGAGAACUGUGUUCGAUCUGUGAACUAGUAUUUAUUUAAUUUAAUAGGAUUUCCUACCAGCCCUUCAGCAUAAGGCCCUGGGGUGGGUUGCAAACCUGCACUCAUAGAAUAUUAAAACCCAAUGAAACAAUUUGAAACAGUCCAAAGAAGGGCCCAGGGUGUAUGAAUUAGAUUUGUUUGCUUAAAAUUACAGACUGAUUAAAAUCCUCAAGCAUCUCUAGCAAAAGCCUGGUGGGUAAAGAGAGCAGGGUCGUGCAGAGGGGAGGAGCCUGCCACAACAAACACAGUGUUCCAUUUCUCUGUCUCUCUGUCUCUCCCACUCCGCCUGCCACACACACACACACACCCCAGAUCAAAUACAUCAACAGGUAUUACGAGUCCAUCCGUGAGCACAUCGGCCGUGAGCUACAGAGACGCAAACUGGAUGAGGAAUACUUGUGGCUGGAGCAGAACACAGAGCCCCUUUCUCACACCAACCUGCUGACAACAUCCCUAAGUACCCUGGCUGUAGGCACCUUGACCUCUACUCUUCUGCCUAGGGUGUAGGGCUGAGUUUGGGGCAUUACACCGCUUCACUGGUCCACAUCGCUGCACUUAAGCCUGCCUCUCCUUGCUGUUCCAACUCCAAACGUAGCCUACAGUUAGCAGCCAUCUAUGGCUGCCGGACACUGUUGCUUCCAAAGCCUUCUACCCAUCAAGUCUCUGACUCCUUACAGUACAAAAUAUAUGCAAACAGCCCUUGAUCUACAGAGAUCCAGUCUGCUCUGAGAAUUUGGAGAAUCUGUGCUCAACUUUACCUACAGUAUAUCCAAUAAAGGGCUCUGCCGUUAGGCCUUAAAAAGAAGGACCUGAGAUGUCCAUGUCUGAAAGUUCAUUCGAUGCCCUCCUUCAUUCUUACUGCAUUAUGUGUCGGUGUCAUUUUCCCCCCAGUCAAGAAAAAAAAUACAUCUGUAUGUAAAAAUGGCACACAGAAAAAGAUACAUCCCUAUUUGACAUCAGGAUUUAAUACAGCACUAUAUAUAGCCCCAAAGAAAAAUAAAAGGAGGAAAUAAUGUACUUGAUUCCCUUGAGUCAGCACCCCUUCUGUGCAUGGGAUUGUCUUCUUCACGUUUCACCAACUAACAUGGAGCAUCUGUGGCUGUCUCAGCCUGGUUCCCUCCAGAUUUUGGACCACAGCUCUCACAGUCCCUUGUCCACUGGCCAUGCUUGUUGGGACUAAUGGGAGUUGCUGUCCAACGACAUCUGGAGGGCACCAGGCUUGGGAAACCUCAGUUUGGAUUUUCUGUGGAUUGUCGUUUGCUCCAAUUGAGUUUUAAAGAGUGUGGUUUUUGCAGAGAAAGCUCCUAAGCACAAACAAAAACAGGUGCUUUGACAUGGAGCUUUAAAGCACAGACUGUUCCUGGGAAGAGCAGAGGAAAGGUAAAUGUGGAUAAACCCAAUUUCAAGUGCAUAUUGUAACUUUAGGUUUUUUGCAAUUAAAGUGGGCCUAAGUGAUCCAUUGCCUUUGCUCAAUAAAUCCACUUAAAAAAAAGAAACAGACUUUUUGCAGUUUGGAAAGCAAUAGAGAAAUGCCUUGAAAGUGUGGCUUGAAAGAAUGAUGUAUAAACACCUGCAAGCAAAUUAAGAUGAAUGUGGGACAAACACUCAUUGUUGUAUAAAACCACCAUGCAAACAGAUCAGAAGGUUAUAUAUUUUCUUCCCUCUUACUGCACUUACGAUCAUGAUCUCUGCCCUGCUGCAAUUUGGGGGUGGGGGCAGGGACAGAGAAGAGAGAUGGACCAUAGAGAAGGAAACUUUUAGAGCAACCCAUACAUGGCUGUGCAAUAGACCAUCUACACUUGGGGGAAAAGCACAGAAGUUCAAUUAUGCUUUAAAAGUCUGAUUUUCUGAGAUGGGAGGAGGGCGAAUGGACCAAAACAAGAGAGGAGCAUAUUUUGAUCAUGGUAUCAUGCAGGUGUCCUAUAAAAAGCAAAUGAACAAAACACAAAGUUCCAUAAUAAAUGUCAAGUGUUCAAAAAAGCCAAAAUGUCAACGUCACGUGUUAUGACUUGCAUGGACAAGAAACCCUUUACUAUUUUUAAAAUAAAGUACAAAUUAUUCCAGU